ACUUCAAAAUGGUUUACCUUGAUUAAAAAAAACGUACCUUCAUUUGCAAUGAAAACUUUCGAAAAAGCAAACAUUUUAUGGAAAAUGUGUAUCUUUUUGGACGAUGGACCAUUUUCUGCCUUGUUAACAUCAGCCAGAGGCGAAGAUUUUGAUUUGAAAAGUGCGCACCACGCCUGACGCUUUUGCCAGAUGACGUGAUGGGCUGGACCAGCGUGCCAGCGUUUGGAUGAACUAGCGCAGUGUGAUUCAGGCGGUGGGUGUGACCGAGUGGUUUGUGGCGUGAAGGUUGCGAUGAAGUACGCACUGUCCUCGACGUUAGCUGUGACUGCUGGUGUGGUAUUGCUGUCCACUGCCGGAAUAAUUUUAGCUCUUCACCUCCGCAAGAAGAAGAAGCCUUCAGUUACUUUGCUUGAUCCUACAGAAAAACAUCAUCUAACACUCAUCGACAAAGAGGUGAUCAGUCAUGAUACUCGAAGGUUUCGCUUUCGACUUCCUUCACCAGAACAUAUCCUGGGACUGCCAGUAGGCAAGCAUGUUUACCUUUCUGCGCGUAUUGACGGCUGCCUGGUUGUCAGACCAUACACGCCUGUGUCCAGCGACGAUGACAAAGGAUAUGUUGACUUGGUUGUGAAGAUCUACUUCAGGAACGUGCACCCUAAGUUUCCUGAGGGGGGGAAGAUGUCCCAGUACCUGGAAAGCCUGCAGCUGGGUGACAUGGUGGAUGUCAGAGGACCAGGAGGCCUGCUGGAGUACAAGGGACGUGGGCAGUUUGCAGUACAGACUGAAAAGAAGUCUCCUGUGGAGAUAAAAUCUGCCCUCACUGUGAGCCUGAUUGCUGGAGGAACAGGCAUCACCCCUGUGCUACAGCUGGUGCGUGCUAUCAUGAAGGACCCUACUGACCGGACAACCUGCAGUCUGCUCUAUGCCAACCAGACUGAGAAGGACAUCCUGCUGAGGGAUGAGCUUGAGGAAAUCCAGGCCAGAGAGCCAGACCGCUUUAAGCUUUGGUUUACAGUGGACAGGGCACCUGAUGGCUGGGAGUACAGUAAAGGCUUCAUUAGCGCAGACAUGAUCCAGGAACACCUUCCUGCCCCAAGUGAUGACAACUUGGUGCUCAUGUGUGGUCCGCCACCUAUGAUCCAGUUUGCCUGCAACCCAAACCUGGACAAGCUGGGCUACCAUCAGAGUCAACGCUUUGUCUACUAGUCCACCAGCCUAGGAACUCUACUCCUACCCAGGGCAAUUAGAUAAAUUCAGUGCUAGACUUGGUCCAACAUUUCUUAAAGAAUAUUGACAUAUUGCAGAGGUCCAGCACUUAAACACAGUUACCACGCACUGUAAAAGUACUGGCACACAUUUCAGUCCACUUCAAAGCACUGCAUCAAUCUACUGCCAAAAGCUCCAUCUGAUGCGUGCAGUUUGAGUCUGUUUUAUGUUAGGUUGAGAAUUAAAUGUUCACUUGCAACCAAAAACCUA